CAAUGGUGUGUGGGUGUGGUGUGUGUGUGUGUGUGGGUGUGUGUGCACUCUUGUAUAUGCUGUCUUAUGGCAGGGUUCGUCCGUUCAAGGGACAUCCCUUGAAUGCAAGCUGGGAGGCAGUGAAGGAACUGGAGUCUAUCGGUCUGCACAUUGACGGCUUUGAUCUGGUCAUCAAGGACAUACCUGUGCUGUACAAGGAGGUGUCUGAAAUGGUACCAAGCCUGUGGAAAGAACAUGAUCCUGUGCUUGUCAUCCAUGUGGGAGUGGAUGGUGGUGGAAAAGCUGUCACACUGGAGGAGUGUGCUGUCAACAUUGGUCAUGAUACUCUGGAUGUCGAGAGGAAACUGCCACCCUACGGCUGCUGUGUCGAAGGUGGUUGUGCGGAUUUGCACUGCAAGAUGGAUCUAGACGAUGUAUGCAAGCGCUGCGCAGACCAAGCAUCAUCCGACGGUUUGAAAGUCGUGUUCCGAACGUCACACGAUGCCGGGCGGUACCUCUGUAAUUUUUCCUAUUACUGUUCGCUGUCGCUGGACAAGGCGCCGUCUCUGUUUGUCCACGUUCCCCCACUGUCCAAGCCGUUCAGUUGCAAUGAGCUGGCGCAGGCCCUGCGUCUGGUUGUGCGUUCGUGUCUCCAAGCCAGCGGACAGCUGUAGCGUGUGUGUGGUAUGUUGACGUCUCCAGUGUGGACAGCUAUAGUGCGAAUAGUAUGUUUUGUCUCCAAGUCGGUAUGUUUGUGUCUGCAAGCCAGCGGACCGCUAUCGUUUGUAUAGUACAAAGUACAUUUGUGUCUCCAGGCGAGUGAACAACUAUAGUUAGACUUGGAAUAGUAUGUUUGUGUCUGCAAGCCAGUGGACAGCUGUGUUGUGAAUAGUCUGCUGACGUCUCCAGUGUGGACAGUUAUAGUGCGGCUAGUUUUCAGUCGAACCUGGGGACAGCUAUUGGGAAUGGUAUGUUUGUGCAUCCAAGCCAAUGGACAGCUGUAGGGAAUACAGUCAACUUUGCUAAUAACGACUGCGGAUAUAACGACAAUUCGCGAAUAACGACGUAAUUUUCAUGCCCAGAGCAAAGUCCCAUCCAACUGUGACACAUAUAAUGAGACUUCGGGUAUAACGCCACUUCGCGAAUAAGGACACUUUUCUGAUGCCUCGCCGAGUGUCGUUAUAAGCGAAGUUGGCUGUAGUAUGUUCGUGUCUGCAGGACAGUGGACAGCUGUACUGUAGUGUGGAUACACGUAUGGUCGGUUCCCGGACCUGCCGCACGUACUAAACUUUUGCGAUUGGGUGAUCGUGUGUGUGCAUGUGUGUGGUGUGUGCUGUGCUGUGCUCAAGCUAUCACUCUCUAUGAUAUAGUCAUUACCCCUCAUUAGCCAUGAUGGGUUGUUUUUAGUUUGUACCGCCUCUAUACAGAGGAAUGCGUGUUGCUUCCUACGCAGGAGCUCUCCCUUUUUGCCAAAGCCACUACCUCUAUUUUACCUCUAUUCGCCAGUAUUUGGAAUAAUUUUCUUCUCGUCUGAACUAAUGCAGGAUAUGUUUCCUGACACGUAAUAGCUUGCAGUUUAGCUGUGGCCUCUGGCGGACCAUAAUAAUCAUGAAUAGCGCCAAUGCACAUGCCACAUUGUUUUUGUUAUGGGAUUACAUAUUAAUGUUUCCUUUUCUGGUUAUCUGGGUUUGCAUUUGUAUAGCAUUUUUCAUCCAUUGUGUAUCUUUUGCCUAAUGGCAAUGCACAUGGCAUUGCUGUUGUUGUUGUCGUUGUGUAGACAUUUUCUUGAUCUUGUGUGUCAAAGCA